AUGGCGGAUCCGCUUAGUGUUGUUUCCGGGCUUUUGGCCAUCGUUACUGCUACAAUACAGUCGAGCAAGGUGCUUUACCAGACUGUCCAGAGUCUUAGGGACCAUCCUCGCUCUGUUCGGCAGCUGAGAGAUGAGCUCGACGCUCUUGGUGGUGUCCUCCAGUCCCUGGAGGCUUCUGCCGGACACGAACCUUCUAUCCUUGUUCCGCUGAAGCUUCCACUCGAGCAGUGUACCAAAGCAAGUGCGGAUUUUCAGACGCUGAUAGUCAGAUACACUAGACAUUCUGAAGGGCAGGGAAACAUCAGCGUCAGAGACUGGGCAAAGCUCAGGUACAUGGACAAUGACAUUAAUGGCUUCACGGCUAUGCUGGCUGGGUAUAAAUCCACCAUCGCCAUCGCUUUAGCAGAUGCAAACCUGCGUUCGAGCACGGUGACCCUUCAAGUCCUCAAUGAAUACAAAGAUAUGAUUCGAGAUACGAAGCAAGACCUCGAGAACCAUCUCGAGGAGAUCACGCCCAAAUCGCAAUCUUUGACGAGGCAUGGCGACAUCCCCUCUGGAGCAGAACCCGCAGAUAUAGAGCGCUUUCGCAAUGAACGCGAGACAACCGAGCAGUGUCUCGAAAUUUGCUCGCAGGUGCUAUCCCAUAUCAACGGACUGAGGCUUUUGCCAGUGGCGAAGGGGGAAGCACCGUGUGGCGCCACGCCCGUUGGCUUAUCUACCCAGGAUCUGGAGUAA